UAAUAUUACUUCACAUUUAAACUCAUUUUAAAAUAACAUUACAUAUAUAAUAAAAAUCACCAUUGAUAUCUUUAAUAUUGACUCAGUAAGAUUAAGUCAAAGAUGUAAAUCAAAGUGAAAUUAAUAAGUGAAAUCAACGUUUGAUGCUCUUAAUUUCAUAAUUAUGAGACUUUAGCCUUCAUAUCAGGGGCAGGGUCACAUUUGUGUGAGGGGUGUGCAUUUGAUUGAAACACAAUUAAUAAUUGUAACCGUGUACGAGAAAGAAAGAAAGAAUAAAGAAAGAAAGAAAGAAAGAAAGAGAAUGAAUUUCAACACACAGAAAUUAGUUUGAAUGAGCCAUUUUGGGACUACAUGCAUCUGGAAAGUAAUUUUUAGAAUUAAGUUUUAUUUUAUGUAAACUUCAGCAACUUUCACAUUCACCUUUCUAAAAGCAAUUCUGUUUUUUGUAAGCGUAUAAUAAAAACUUUAAUGUCGUCUCUAACAAUAACUUGAAUUGAUUAAAAUGUAACCAAAUAAAUUGUUUAGAAGAGUGCUGCUUUAUGUCAUUCAUUAAAUUCAACGCUAUUGCUAUUAAUAAACCUAAGUUGGCAAACGACCAAAAUUUGAUGAGUCAACUUUGGUGUUUCUAGGAGGGACUUGACUUUAUCUUUUGCCUGACAGCAGUAUAAAAAGCCAAACCCUCUUACUGUCAGCUCACAAGUUUGCUGCAAAGUCAUCCUUCCACAAUGAGCCUCACUGCCAAAGACAAAGCUGCCGUCAAAGACCUCUGGGCCAAGGUCUCAGGAAAGGCUGAUGACAUUGGUCACGAAGCUCUUUCUAGGAUGCUGGUGGCUUAUCCCCAGACCAAAAGUUACUUUUCUCACUGGAAGGACCUGAGUCCCGGUUCAGCCCCCGUGAGGAAUCACGGAAAAGUUGUGAUGUCUGGUGUUGCUCAGGCUGUCGAAAAAAUCAAUGACCUGACUGCUGGACUCCUGAGCCUCAGUGAGCUUCAUGCUUUCCAGCUUCGUGUUGAUCCUGCCAACUUCAAGAUUUUGUCCCACAACAUUCUCGUGGUUUUGGCCCUCUUGUUCCCCACUGAAUUCACCCCUGAUGCUCAUGUGGCUAUGGACAAGUUCCUCUCUGCUGUGGCUCUGGCUCUGUCCGAAAAGUACCGAUAAGCACUUGAUAGUGUGUUCACUUCAGACGCGUCAGACGAAUGCCAGCAUGAAUGUUCUGUCUUUCUGUGAUGCAAAAUAAAUGCUUGUUAAAUUUUA